AUGGCUGUAACCAUUCCUCGUAGGUUAUCCUCUCCGUUAGGUCUGAACCCUGCGAAUGCUGGCGUGCCGUCCGCUAAUCAUGGCUCCAACCGUCCGGAUCGAGCGUCGUUUGGGCACCCAGCCAUCUCCGCGUCCUUAGCCGGACACCGCCACUCCAACAACUUACUCUCGGACUGCACUCCAGCAACCCUCAAUACGUCGUCGCACUCGUCGCACGCUGCGUCGCACUGCUUCGCCUCCACCUCCACCUCUCGUCGCCAUGCGUCGCACGUCGUUCGCUGCGAGGGGCCUGCGAGCACAAUCGAGCGCGAGCAGCAGCAGCAGACCCAGCUGCCACAGCCGCUCGUCGUACCGCCGUCGUUCGAGUACAACGAGAAGAUGAAACGGCAGAUGGCGAACCCGUACGAAUACCACCACGAUCUCGGAAUCUACUAUACGCGCGUCCAUCCAAAGAUAAUCGUCGGAUCGCAACCGCAAACUCCUGCCGAUAUCGACCGAUUAAAGACAUCCGAAGACGUGCAGGUGAUUCUUAAUCUCCAACAGGACCACGAUAUAACCUACUGGGGCGUCGACAUCGACGGCAUUGUUCGGCGAUGCAGGGACCUGUCGGUGGAGCAUUCCCGGUGCCCCGCUGUUGAUUUCGACCCGCACUCAUUGCGCCGCGAACUCCCACGAAUGGUCGCCGUUAUCGCGAAAGCCGUCGCAGAGGGGAAGACCGUCUACGUUCACUGCACCGCGGGCCUCGGGAGGUCCCCUGCAGCAGUAAUCGCUUACCUCUUUUGGUUCUCCGAGCCGCAGGUCGACUUGAACUCAGCGUACGAUCAUGUUACGUCUCUCCGCCCGUGCGGUCCGAAGAAGGACGCGAUACGCGCGGCGACGUACGACCUAGCGAAGAACAGCCCGUACCAGCCGCAGUUCGAGCAGCUUCCGGAAUUCGCGUUCAAUGACGUGGCGCAGUGGGAGAGGGACCUCAUUCGUCAACGCGUGUGGGCCAUGGUUUAA